AUGGAGCAGAGACGCUCUCCACAGCCCCACGCACACGGGGGCAAGAAGCCAUUCAAUUGCUCUGUGUGUGGGAAGUCCUUUUCAUGGCCAUCACAUCUUCAGAGACACCAGAGAACACACACGGGCGAGAAGCCGUUCCUGUGCUCUGUGUGCGGGAAGACAUUUGCACACUCAUCACAUCUUCAGAGUCACCAGAGUACACACACGGGCGAGAAGCCGUUCCUGUGUUCUGUGUGUGGGAAGACAUUUGCACAGUCAUCACAUCUUCAGAGUCAUCAGAGAACACACACGGGCGAGAAGCCAUUCGUGUGCCCUGUGUGUGGGAAGACAUUUUCAAAGUCAUCAAAUCUUCAUAGUCAUCAGAGAACACACACGGGCGAGAAGCCAUUCCUGUGCCCUGUGUGUGGGAAGACAUUUUCCAAGUCAUCAAAUCUUCAUAGUCAUCAGAGAACACACACGGGCGAGAAGCCAUUUUUGUGCCCUGUGUGUGGGAAGACAUUUGCAGACUCAUCAACCAGGAACAGGCAUCAGAAGAGACGCUCUCCACAGCCCCACGCACACGGGGGCAAGAAGCCAUUCAAUUGCUCUGUGUGUGGGAAGUCCUUUUCAUGGCCAUCACAUCUUCAGAGACACCAGAGAACACACACGGGCGAGAAGCCGUUCCUGUGCUCUGUGUGCGGGAAGACAUUUGCACACUCAUCACAUCUUCAGAGUCACCAGAGAACACACACGGGCGAGAAGCCGUUCCUGUGCUCUGUGUGCGGGAAGACAUUUGCACACUCAUCACAUCUUCAGAGUCACCAGAGAACACACAAGGGCGAGAAGCCGUUCCUGUGCUCUGUGUGCGGGAAGACAUUUGCACACUCAUCACAUCUUCAGAGUCACCAGAGAACACACACGGGCGAGAAGCCGUUCCUGUGUUCUGUGUGUGGGAAGACAUUUGCACAGUCAUCACAUCUUCAGAGUCAUCAGAGAACACACACGGGCGAGAAGCCAUUCGUGUGCCCUGUGUGUGGGAAAACAUUUUCAAAGUCAUCAAAUCUUCAUAGUCAUCAGAGAACACACACGGGCGAGAAGCCAUUUCUGUGCCCUGUGUGUGGGAAGACAUUUGCAGACUCAUCAACCAGGAACAGGCAUCAGAAGAAUAAGUGCAUAAUGACACACUGA